AUGUCAUCGUUUAGCAUUGUUUCCAAACCAUCGGUGAUACUUCCUAUCCUCGCUACGCUAGGUAUAGCAUUGUAUUGUCUCCAUCGCCUCUUUAUCAAGCCGCGUCUCAGUCCUCUCAAGCACCUUCCCUCUCCAAAGCAAGGCUCCGUCCUAUUCCGACUUCUCCAUGAACCUAAAGUCCCCGAGAUUGAAAAAUGGAUUGACGAGUUGCCACACCAAGGACUCAUCAGGUACAUGGGCUUGUUCAAUGAGGAGCGCAUCUUGAUUGCUAGUCCAGAUGCUGCUAAAGAUCUGUUGUUUUCAAACGCCUAUAAUUUUGUCAAACCUGAGCUUCAGUGGAUUCUAGCAAACAACAUUGCCGGCCAUGGCUUGCUGAUCCAAGAAGGAGAGCAGCACAAACAAGCUCGCAAGAGGUUCAACCCGGUUUUUAGUCCUGCUCAGAUGAAGAAGUGCUUUCCAACCUUUUGGAAGGCAGCAGUCGAUGGGAUCGAACUGCUUCCGGAACACACAACCAUAGUCGAGUCAUCUGUCAUGAGCGAUCACAUCGAAGGCUCCAUGCGCGGUGUUGCCAACAUCAUCGAACUAGUCUCCGCAGCAAGUAUCGACAUAAUUGGACGAUUCGGCUUCAACACAGAGUUUCAGACGCUUCAGAGGAUUGGCAAAGGAAAGAGCACCAAGGGCUCCCACGACCCAAAGGUCCGAUUUGGCCGAGCUUAUAUCGAGAUGUUCAAGACGACAAAGCGAGGGCAAUUUACCCUGAGGGCUGCUUCAAUUAUCGGGCCCAACAUUGCCCUGAAGCUACCUCUGCGUGCAGUCAACACAAUUCACAGCAUCAUGAACCUGGUCCGCACCACAGCCGAGGAUGUGGUUACGGAGCACGAGGGUAAUUUCGCCAGGUACGCCGAGGACCCAGAUGCCGACAUGCUCACAUUGAUAAUGCGGACGGGCCAUUUCUCCCACCAAGAUCUGGUUGAGCAAACGGUUCACUUCUUCGCCGCUGCCACCGAAACAGUGGCAGGCUCCGCUUGUUGGGCCAUCCACCUACUCUCAAGACAUCCCGAUGUCCAAGAACGUCUCAGAAAGGAGAUCCGAGAGCAUAUACCUUCUCCUUACUCUUCUUCAGAAGAAAACGUUAGUCAAUCGCAGUUUCACAGUCUGAAGUAUCUCAACGCCGUCGUCAACGAAGUCUUGCGCUACCAUUCAAUCAACACACUACUCUGGCGGGAGCCCGUGGAACAAACAACUCUCGUUGGAGAACCAAUACCGAAGGGCACCAAGAUUGUAUUUUCACCUUGGGCUCUCAACCGUGACCCUAUCCAUUGGGGUCCUGAUUCUCGCGCCUUCAACCCGGAAAGAUGGAUAGAUAAUCCUACCGGCGGGGCAGAUCACCGGUACUCGUUCUUGACAUUCGGGGGUGGCCCACGUCGAUGUGUGGGCGAGCAAUACGCAAGAGAUCAACUUUCAUGUCUAGUUGCUAGCCUUGUAGGCCGUUAUGAGUUUACUCCUAUUGACCCAUACAACGGGUCGGAUGAAGGCCAGGAGAUAGGAGAUAACUUUGCACUAACACUCUUUAAAAUUUACUCGGGGUGGAAAUUGAAUGUGAGGAGGGUCCCUGGAUGGUAA